UCUGUGCUUAGAUUUUAAAAAAUGCUAAGAUUAACUGAUAUUUUUGAAGCAUAACUAGUGUUGAAAACUAAUUAAUUUUAUUUCGACACACUUAUAUGCUUCAUGUGUGACAGUAGGGGAGAUCACUGUGAUCACAUGAUCUCAUAUUGCUCUGAAUCUUUACGAAAACGUUAUGGAAAAGUCGAAAUUUCAGACUGUAGUACAAGGAGAAGCAUCGGAGUCAGACGAUGAUGAAGUACACGUUUCUUCUGUUAACAUAAAACCCUUUCCAUCCCGUGUGUUGCAAACAUCGCUUGAAUCCAAAAAAACUGCAGGUGGCCAAGCUGUUGUGGUGGAAGGAGAGGCUUCUGAAUCAGAAGAAGAAGAAGAGGUGGAGGUUGACACUAGUUUGAACAGCACAAAGCUUCCUCCACUCAAAGUGGAGCCACAAAAGAAAGUCCAGUAUGGAUCAUCAGGUGAUUUGAGUGAUGUGCCCACGUUGAUGUCUCCACGCAUGGCAGAUUUACGUUUCAACAAACCAAAAUAUGACACGUUGCUGCAUAGAAAGUUAAGAGAAAACAAUUGGCAUCUUCAUGACAAUAUGUUAGAGGUGGCAGGGCAAAUGUACCUUGGGGCAUCUCGUAGCCUUGGCAGCACCACAGCUCAUCUUCUUAAAUCCCAUUCUACAUUGCAGGACAUUUCUCAUGCAGUGAGACUACUGACCAAUGACUUAUUUCAUCUUGAUGACCGGAUUAGCAUAAUUCUUUCCUGCAAGUUGUUGCCAGACAUAAACUUGACAACAGAUGCUCAGGGUGGCGCGACGUCAAUAGUAUCAACACCAUAAAAGUGUACUGGAAGAUUUUGAUUAUGGUUUAAUGAGUUCACGGGUUCACAUCUAGUCUGCCAGUGGAAAUAAAAUGAUUAGGAAAAUGAUCUAUUUUUUUUAAUUGCAACCAUUUGUUUUCAGAGCAGACCUUAAGGCUUGCAACUGAAGAUGGUCAUCACAAACUGUUUACGGACCAAACAUGUAGCACAUAACUUAUAUGCCGGUAUCAUUUCCAAUGUCUGAUUACCAUUACCAUUAAUUUGGGAUGGGGAUGACUAAUUUAUUAAAAUAAUGCAAUACAUUUCACUUUUAGUAAAACAAAAACCCCAAAUAUUAUUUAUAGAAGGGGAAAAUUAAGUAAAAGCACCAGAGCUUGGUGCAGUAUUUUUUGUCUGGAAUGCCUAACAAGAUGCUUUGGUGGCUAUUCUAGAGGUUUGUAGAAUAAACUGUUGACACAAACCCCACAAGGCUAUAAGUGCUCUUUUAGUUAUUAAAAAAUAUGUUAGAAGUAAUCAAUUGAAUGUUGAAGUAACCUUUAUUUUUUUUUUUUGGGGGGGAGGGGUUUAGUAAUGCAUUUCCUUGUAUUGAUCCUGUGUGAUGCUUAGUGCUAAUUGCAAACACAAAUAUGGAGAAUAAUCUUUAAACGAUAAUGGAGGCUAACACUUUAAUACCACUUUAGUAUGUACAGCUAGUAAUAUUUUUCCAAGGACUUGAAAAACUAUGGCCUAAACAACAAUAGUGUUUAUGCAGAUGUAUAUUAUGGCUGUUCAUUGUAACCUAUGGCUGUCCAUUGAUUUAGUGACUACCAUUUUUCUUAAUGCUAGCCAUGAUUGAGUAAUAAAGUAAAGCGUGUACUUGAGCAUUCAGUGCUUUCACUAAGGUAGUUUAUAUGAUGAUAAAGUAAAUGCAAGAAUUUUAUAAUGGAAAUUUCCAUUUUUGUGAAAGAUAACCUAAGAAACCCAAACAUUUACUGCGAUCUUCUCUUUUUUUUUUGUCAAUUGAAGGCAUUCAUUUUAAUGCAGAGCUGUUGUGGCUGUAUGACUUUUAUUUGUACUACCUGUGAUAUGCUACUAUACUAUUAUAAAAAUUCUUAAAAUGCUCCUAAAAA